AUGGCGGACAAGAUCCCUUCAUCCCCCGCCAGAAGGUCGGCCACUUUGAACGCCGCUCUCCUAUCAUCACCCCCGAGGGCACCAUCAACCCACGGCAAGGAGCGAAGAAAUCCGUCAAUUACACCUAGGAAGUUUCAGCGAUUCUUCACUCCCCGAUCCCGAGUCUCAUCCAAGCCAAGCGCUGCCCGGAAAGCCCUCUGCGACCUUACUGCCCCGGCCCUGAACCGCUACCAGACACCGUCGAGCCCACUCAAGCCCAUCUCGGAGGAACUCUAUCUGCCCCUGCCCCAGGAAGCCCACCGGGGAAAGCGCCGCAAAUUCAACCAUUCCACCCCCGAGAAACAGACAACUUAUCUGCCGUCACCGCUACAGUCGUCACCACUCCUCCCAACAGCAGAUCUGAGGCCCGGCUUGGCGAGCCCCAUCCAGUCUCUAAGGUCCCGACGGGCUUUGCAAGACGUUGUCUACAGGGAUGAUGAUGUUUCGGAAGACGAGGACGAGGUGCCCGAGGUUAUGGCAGCACCAUUGAAGGCGCCUGUACCGUUGCAUCGCUGGGGGUUGGGGGCUCAGCUGGUGCAGAGGAUGACGGGUGCUAUGCGCUUCGCUAGCGAGAAGGCUCUGGAGUGUCCUGUUGCUGACUGGAGGACCGAGACGGCCGACUUCCAGAGCCGGCCUGAGGAUGCCCAUUUCUCGUCCAGCCAUGAGGGAGCACCGCGCGCCAUCCCUUUCUGCACAACUACCUGCCACAAAAGCAGUCUUGUAGCAGUUGGUGACGAGGAAGGCUAUGUACGCCUCCUCGACUCGAGCGGAGACUUCUCGAAAAUCCACCUGUCGUUCCAGGCCCACGGUAACGCCAUUAUCGACCUGGACUUCUCCGAAGACGACCAGCUAUUAGCCACCGCAUCGGGCGAUCAGACCGGCAGAGUUAUUGAUAUGCAAACACAACGACCCGUCUCCAUUCUCGGCCACCACACAGCUUCCCUGAAACAGGUCCGUUUUCAACCCGGCCGUGGCUCUAGUUGCGUUCUCGCAACCUCUGGUCGUGACGGUAGCGUUCAGAUCUGGGAUCUGCGGUGCCGAGGUGGGCCGGUCCAGGACUUGGGUAUUGUUUCCGAGGCGGGCUUGCGCCACCGUAUACCAAAGCCGCUCAACCCGGGUUGCGUGGUCAACAGCAUUUACGACGCGCACGCACGAACGACUAGGCAGGGAAAAGGUCACCUGUCCUCUUCCAACCCCGGCGACGUUGCCCGCUUAGGCGAAGUUCCGGGCCGCUUCGGCGAGGUCUCGGUCACGGCAAUGCAAUUUCUCCCUCCCGGCCGCGAGCACCUCCUCCUCACCGCCUGCGAAGCCGACGCGAGCAUCAAGCUCUGGGACAUCCGCGCAGUCCACACCAGCCGGCACCACAAAGCCAGCACCCCCGUCUCCUACACAGCGCCACCCCCGAGCCACGUCGCCUUCCGACCCUUCAGCAUCUGCUCCAUGACCCUCGGCGGCGACGGCACGCGCCUGUACGCCCUCUGCAAAGACAACACUGUCUACGCCUACAGCACCGCCCACCUCGUGCUCGGCCACGCCUCCGAACUGACCCCCGCCCUCCCGGGCACCGAGCCCCCGCGCCGCCGCCACCACCCACACGGCACCGCCCACGAGGGGCUCGGCCCGCUCUACGGCUUCCGCCACCCCCUCUUCCACGCGACGAGCUUCUACGUCAAGACAGCCAUCCGGCCCGCCGCCGAGGGCCGCCCGGAGCUCCUCGCCGUCGGCAGCUCCGACGGCGCCGCCGUGCUAUUCCCCACCGACGAACGCUACCUGCGCGACGCCUGGUCGUCGUCAUCCCCCGACGACAACACUACCGCCCAGGAAACAUACUACGUCGGGCGCCCCCACCGACAAGGGCCCCUCGACGCGGUCGCGGCCGGGGCUCCGGUCCGCAUCGGCGGCGGCAUCGGCGUCGGGCACCGCCGGCGCUAA